CUACUUCCCACCAGGCCACCAUCGAUUCAAUUGAUUCCCCAUAGUACUGCUAUAUAUCUCAGACCUCGCGUACACGACACCCAACCACACCCAACCCAAAGCUAAACAACCUCAACACAAGAUGUCUCUCGAAAUUCCCGGAAAGAUGCGUGCCCUCGUCGAGGACCAGUCCGGCAAGACUGCCUCUAUUCAGGAGGUUGCUCUCCCCGAGCUGGAGGAGAACGAUAUCCUGGUCAAGGUCGCUUACGUCGCCCAGAACCCUACCGACUGGAAGCACGCUUCCAUCCCCGGCCUCUCCGUCCCCGGUGCCAUCAUCGGGUGUGACUUUUCCGGAACGGUCGUCACCAUCCCCUCGAUCUGCCCUAACCCCAACAAGCUCCAAGUCGGUGACAAGAUCGCCGGGAUGGUCCACGGCGGCAAGUUCCCGACCAAGGGUUCGUUCGCCCAGUACCUGAGGGUACCUUCGGAUACUUGUUGGAAAGUCCCCGAGAGCGUCGGGUUGAGGGACGCUCCGGUCUAUGGAGUCGGGUUCAUCACCGCUGCCGGAGUCUUGUAUAGGCGACAGAAGCACGAGUACCCUCCGGCCAAGAUCGAGGGUGAUCACUGGUACCUCGUCUACGGUGGAUCGACCGCCGUCGGCAUGUUCGCCGUUCAGUUGGCCAAGCUGGCUGGAUACAAGGUCAUCGCUACCGCCAGUCCCAAGAACUUUGACCUGGUCAAGUCUUACGGGGCCGAUGAGGUCGUUGACUACAAGGACGCUGACCACGCUUCGUCCGAGAUCAAGAGGAUCACCAACAACACCCUCUCCAUCGGUCUGGACACCAUCUCCGAGAAAGGAUCCUUUGGGAUCGCUCUCAACGGAUUUUCCGACGACAAGUCCCUGGGCGGGGAACAGCGCAAGUUGAGCGCCUUGUUGCAGGCCGACGAGAAGACCCAAUUGUUGGCAAAGGAGAAGAGCGUAACCGUGGAAACUAUUUUGGCGUAUACGUUCAUGGGAAUUUCCUUCGAGUUCUUCCCCGGUAUGACUCUCCCCGUCAUCCCCGGUGACCGAGACUGGUUCAACAACUUCCAUACCCGAAUCGCGGACAUUAUCACCAAGCACAACAUCAAGCCCAACCCCGUCAAGGAGUCCGGCGGUCUCGAUGACAUUCUUGAUGGGUUCGAGCUCCAAAAGUCCGGCAAGGUCUCCGGAACCAAGCUCGUCUACAGGAUCGAGUAGAGCAGAGCUCUGACUUGACGUAUCGAACUGUAUUGCCUCAGCAUGAAAUCUAAGUAAAUGAAAUAAAGUUUAUUGGUCCCCAAGUCCC